AUGACCGCAAAAAGACAACUAUUUUUGACAGUUUUUUCGGUGCACACAGUGUUUAUAAUAGCGUUGAAUAUGUAUUUCUCGGUCACAUCCUUCUCCACACCCUUACACUUGUGCCACAACUGGUCCGACAGCUGCUUCUCGAGCUCCUGUAGCUCUUUGCGCUGCGAACGGAUCGCUUGGACGUCGCGCUGGAUGUCCUUCAAGUCGGUGAUCAUCUGCGAGCAACUCAUGACAAUCGGUUGGCCAUCGCCGCCAUCGGGUGUCUCGAUUUGGCACAACUUGUGCUCCAAUUGGUACAGAAUUGAGUCCAUCAACGCUUCCCAACUGAUCGCCAGACACGCAGACAUCACCGCAAAUGAUAAGACAAUCGAUGGCACCAUCGGUGGUAACGUGACACGAGGAUUACUAAUACUUACGACCGCUUCCAGAGUAUCCACACAAUUAGCCAUUUCGGUGAUAAUCUCCUAUAAUCUUAUGUGUGGUCUUGGGAUCAGUUGCGGUGAUCUCAACAAGAGGGGCGCUGUAAUAGAGGGGUGUUUUCCGGGGGGAGUCACAGGUUAUAGACCCCCGGGACUGAAACCCCCCACACAAUACACUGCCCCCUCGCACACCACACCCACGCUCAACGUAACGUUUAUUCUGAACGUAUUUCAAUACGUGAGUCACUUCAUAGGCAUAGGUGUAGAGGUGUUGGCGACUUGA